CAGUACAAGAAAAUCAAAGACAUGAUGAAAUGACAAUAGAAGAAAAAAAAGUAAACUCCACUAAUGAAACGACAACUGCACCUAUAAUUGCAAUACCAAACCGACGACGAAACAGUACAACA